UCCGACAGUCGCCCUGUCAUCGCCGGAAACAUUAACGGCCGCGCUUGCUCUAAGGUUAACCGAAGAAUGAGUGGCCGGGAAGUACACUUGAGGCUCUGUAGUCUAAUCGACGAUUCUCUCCGUCCGUAUGUUGAGGUUAUGCCUACUUCGUUUAAUAAGGAAAAUGUAAAGGAGCUAUUAAUCGCGCUCUCUCAAGUUUGCUCACAAAUCAAGCGGUGGACUGUGGAAUUCGCAUCCGAUUCUGAUUCCGACGGCGUGGAGUCUGAUUCCGAUACUGAAGUGACUGGAAAUUCUGCUGGCGUUGGCCUUGUUCCUGGUUCAGAAGCUGAAUGUCACUAUAGUUUAGCAAAGGCCAUCAGCGUCUUGAUGGGCCUGCUUGCUAUUGAAUAUCCAUAUGUGCAACACUUAGUGGGCAACAUUCUGGUGGCUAUUUCUGAUUUCAUAGUUGCAUCUGGAAGUAGUUCGGAGGAAUUUAUGCAGUUACUAUCUCUCUUGAAGUUGGCAGCUGCUAGUUCUUUUCCAUCUUCUACUGGAUGUAUAAUGGCGGAGGCCAAGAAUUCAUGUUGCAAUUCAGCAGCUUCUGUUUCACCAUUGAAUCCCCACCAUAAAAGUGCAAAGUGGCUAACAGUGGCUGUCAUUAUUCAAGUUUUACGUAGGAUACUAAAGAACUUGAAACAAGAUGCCGAUGAUCACUUUUUCAAACUGUACUUGGGUUUGACGAACUCUUUUAUUUCAAAUAUGCCAUGGGAUUUGUUGGAUCAGGUUUUUGUUAGUCAAACAAGUAAGGCAUUGGGAGACCCCAUUGCCGAUGGUUUGCUUCAAUUCCAAGCUGCAAAAUCAAAGUCAGCAAUUAUGUUUCUUGGAAAUUUCAUCCAGUUGUUGUGUUCCUUGGUUGAGAAAGGUAUUCCGAUUGAAGCCGUUACUGAUGAUUUAGAUAAGCACCCACUUAUUUGUGAGAUCAGGAACAUCCUUCCUAGACUCCUGGGUUGGUGCCUUGGGAAUUUGCAAAAUUUUGAUGUCUAUAUCUCUAAAUACUACAAGCACAAGCUCCUGAUACUCAUGAUCAGGCUUAGUUUCAAAAUCCAGUUGGAUUGUUCAGUUCUUCUUUCAUGGCUGCAUCUCAUCCACCUUUACUUUCAAGAUCUCUUGUGCCUACCAAUACCAAUAGCUGGAUUAGAGUCUGACCAGGAUAAAUAUUUGGAAGGCUCACCAUUCUGGGAAGAUACUUUUGAUGCAGCAAAAGAAAACAUCUCAUCCAGGCAUUUGCAUAGGCUGGCGAUUUUUCUUUUUCUAAGAUGUUCCUUUGGCUUGGUCAAUAUGGAGAAAAGUGGUCAAAACUGUGCAUCCACAGAUCUCAAUUCUCACUCUGACCCGAAUUUAGAUAUAGAGCGUUGCACUCAAAGCAAAGGUUUGCAAGAGCUCCAUGAGUGGCUCCAACGUCUCUUUAAUGAUGUUUUUCUGGACCAUGAGAAAUCUGCUGAAUCUAUCGUGAGCUUUCAGUUUUCCUUCCUACAGCUAUAUAUGCAUGAGGAUGAUAUUUUGUUUCAAAUGCUCCUGCAACUGCUUUGUGUCCCACUUUGCUCUGAGAAAUGGUCUGUUAAAGAAGGAACUCCAUCCGCAAAUGAUAACGCAUAUUCUAUUGUUUUGCACCUUUUUAACCCUGUACAUUUAUUUCACAUUUUUCUUGCAGAGAUACACUAUGAUCAUCAAGUGCUUCUUGAUUAUCUCAUCUCAAAAGAUACAGGAGCUAGUUCUGCUGAAUAUUUCUUGAGGUGCUUGCGCAUGGUAUUUAAGUCGUGGAGCUUAUUUACAAAUUUUGCGUGGAGUGGAAAGAAAGAAAUCCAAUUAUGCCAAAAGAGAAGAAAAGUUUCAUUAGAUCAUCUGAAUUUUAAAGUGGAGGUGUCCACACCAGUGACAGAUGGGCGUUGCUCACCGGUUGAACGAGAUCAGAAGAAAGGAAAAGCAUCUGGUGUCAUUGACUGCAGAACUGAGAGGCAACCAUUUCAGCAUGCUACUAAUUGUUUGUUGGAACUGAAAACAUCUAUCGAAAACCUUCAUCACAAGAACCUUUUUCCAUAUAACCCCAAAGUGCUUCUCCAGCGCUUGUCAACGUUUCAGGAGCUCUGCCAAAAGCAGUAGGCCGUAAGAAGCCACAUAGGUUCCUCACCUUUUCCGAGUAAGCAACACAGCUCAAGAAUACAAGAAUCACAAAACUCGAAGGAUAAGACUGGAGAGCUGUUCUCCUGUCGUGUUUGCAGCUGAAUCCAAAUACUUGGUUGAAGAAAUGGCUAAGAUGAAUGUCUCUGCCUGAUAGCUCAGUUUCUGAUAUUUAGUUGACAUUCGCAGAAAAUUGUUUUAGUUUUUCUACAGCUAGACAAGCACUUAGGGAGGAUUAAACUAAGUUUAUGGGAUUUUCAUAUGUAUAGCUAUGUGCUAAUUCAUUUUUCCAUUGUAAGCCUAAGCAAGAAAACGAAAAAGAACUAUAGGAAAUGGGACCAGAAAUGAGAAGAAGGGAGCAAAGAAGAAGCUAUUCUUGUUCCAUAUAUCCCACAUCGAAACAAAAGGGAAGCAGGAGCUCAGCAGCGCCUAAUAAAAGGGGGCCCAGGAACGACGUAAAACAUACUUACCUGGACGGAGUCAAUGAGCGAUCAACUAGGCUCAUGGCUUAGGCUAGUGACCUCCAUUGCACUUUGGAGGGGCAUUAGGCUAAGGUCUACCUUAUAGGUGGAGCCUACGUCAUAAUUUGUGGUAGAGGGGGCUUGCGUUCGCGCAGCCCCCACCCAAA